ACGAAAACUGUCAAAUCCGAGUUUGACACAAAAAAAAAGUUUAUUUCGUAAAUCGAGAUGAUAAUGACCAUAACAUUUCUAUUAAUAAACAAUUAUAUUUAGUUCCCUGUUGUUGUUGCGCUGUUUUGAAUUUACAAAUAAACAAUAAGUGAAGGGAUACUCGGCACAAGUACAAUUUACAGCCUAAACAUGUAGCACAACACAAAUAACGAUCUCUUUAGUGCAAUUGGAGUUUGUUUUUAAAAGUAAUCCUAAAGACAAAGCCAGUGUAUUUAAGCUAAUCGCUGACAUGUACUUUUGAAGUGUAGUAAAAAGAAACCAUUAAAAAUUAUUUCUCAACAUGAAGCAAUUGGCAGCAUGGUACCAAAAGAAAAUAAGUUCAUACGACAAAGAGGAAUGGGAGACAAUGGUGGAACAGCUGCUAAUGCGCGGCACGUACCGCAGGCGCAUUGUGGACUUCUCCACGCAUGCGCGCUCCUACCUAAUAGAUGUCGAUUUAGUUAGAGGUUCAUCAUUUCCCAAAGCGAAGCCGACGCUGGGCAUGCGCCGCGUCGUGUGGUUCGCUCUAGUCAGACUAGUGUUCUUGCCCGCUCUGUACCAGUGGUGGGCGCAGCAAACUUCGCCGGCGUGUGCCAAAUUCCUACUUACCCUAUGGCUCAUGCAAGUCGUUAACACGACACUAUACUUUAUGGCGCCAGACAGCCUGGAUAUUGAUCCAAAUUGUUGGUUAAUUCCUCUAGGAUUGAUGCUGGUUCUGAGCGUGGUUCACUCUCAGAUCGUGAGCACUACAGAAUUGGAACUCGGUAGAGUGCGACCACGUUCCACUUAUCGUAGGAAACUACCACGAUAUUUCAGACGAUCUCGGUCGCAAUGCGACGGUGGUAGUGGAGGCGGGUCAGGUGAAAGCGGCGCUACAUCAAGUCAAAGUAAAGUGCCAUCGACCAAACCUUCCAAGUUUCGACGACGACAGUCAAGAAAUGAAAUCGUCGAAAAUGGUUUAAGAAAACGCAAGAAAGAGUUAAUUAAAGAACAUGUUUUAAGGAAUUUGGAACCUCAAGCCAAAAAUAAAUCAAUGAUUAAAGUAAAAGCGAAGGAUUCCGACGACGAAGACUACAUGGCUUGGAAGAAGCCUGAUCUAAACGCACCCAUAGUCACAUUCACUCCGCCACCCGAUGACGCUACUCCUAGUUCCUCGUUUAGAUAUAAGCCAAAUGUAUUGACGAAGAAGCAUUUAGAAUCAUUUAAUGUAAAGCAAAGUCAGCAAAUAAAUAUCGCGAGAACUAUCUUUGCUGAUGGUGACGAUGGCUUUGAAAGCCUGAACGGUUACAACUCUAAUGGAAGUGAUGCUGAAAACAAAUUAAAAAUAGAACAAAUUAGGGCGCAUAAUGAAAAAUCAGCUAAUCAACCGUCACAGCCAUGUGGAUCGCAAGAUGUUACGCAAAAUGGGAAAGAAAUUACGAUUACAGUUAGUGAUAAAGAUAUAAAUAAGGACAAAACUACUAACAUAUCCAAAGAAGAUGAUGAGAAAUCUAUUGAACCAGAUUCAGACGCAAAUCCUACUAGUAGCCCUAUUACUGGGAAAAGGAUUGGCGUUAGAUUUAGAAGCUCAUGGAUACAAGAAAACAUGCGGCAAGAGUCGACGGACGACGACUUUAAUGUUAAAAAGAAACAAAAGAAAUUAGAGAAUUACCAGUCGUCAUCGUCGGACGGGGAAUGUUCAGCGUCCGCGCCAUCCAUCGCUCUGCCUUCCCACCAUACUAUGUCUGACUGGGUUGGCCAAACUACUAACAGUGAAGAGAGCAGUUAUGGGUCCCAAUCCGAAGGUGAAAAUUCAGACGUGGGUUUCCACUAUGCGGCUGAUAGUUCGUGGGAUCCGUUCGCUAUACUCGAUCCCACUAGCGACACCGUGAAGUGCACGAUGUGGGAGCGCGGGUCGACGCUGCGCGCGGAGCUGUCGGCGGUGGACAUCAGCUGGUGCGUGGUGGCGCGCGCCGAGCGGGCCAUGGCGGCCGAGGGCGCGUGGGGCGUGUGGGCGCCGCUCGCCAUGGCCGCCGCCGUCGCGCUCUUCGCGCCCGCGCUCAGUCUGCUGCAGGUGGCCAUAGAAAAGGACUCGAGAGGGGAGGAGGAGCUGCAAGUAGUAUCGCUGUUUACGUACAUAAUACAAGUUAUGGUCAACUACAGCCGCAGUUCCCUGUUUGCCGUAGUGUAUGGCGCUUUCGGAGAUAACGUAUGGGCAAUAACGACAAACGCGGUGUCGUGCGUGCUCCGGUUCGCGCUGAGCGGGCUGGUGUUCUUCCUGCUGGCGGUGGCGGAGCGCGCCUUCAAGCAGCGCUUCCUGUACGCGAAGCUGUUCGCGCACCUCACGUCGGCGCGGCGCGCGCGCAAGUCCGAGCUGCCGCACUUCCGCCUCAACACCGUCCGCAACAUCAAGACUUGGCUCUCCACGCGCUCUUACUUAAGGCGUCGGGGUCCACAGCGUUCCGUGGAUGUCAUUGUGUCUGCUGGUUUCAUGCUUACCAUAAUACUAUUAGCAUGCGUCAGCGCACAACUACUUCGGGAUUCUGUUACGUUAGAGCGAGGAUGGCUACUCGAAGCAAUGGUAUGGAGUUGCUGCCUCGGGAUCUAUCUACUACGACUGUUGACACUUGGCAGUAAUGUGAACAGAAAGUACCGCGGCUGCCUGUCAGCCAUACUGACGGAACAGAUCAACUUACAUCUGGCUAUAGAACAGAGGCCCGAGAGCAAGGAACAACUGACCGUGGCCAACAAUGUGCUUAAAUUGGCGGCGGAUUUAUUGAAAGAAUUGGACGCGCCAUUCAAGAUAUCAGGAAUUUGCGCAAAUCAUUACUUGUACACCAUAACUAAAGUGGUCAUACUGUCAGCACUAUCAGGUGUUCUCUCGGAAAUGCUCGGAUUUAAACUGAAACUACAUAAAAUAAAAAUCAAAUAAAUAUACAGCAAAAUAUAGAUGUUUCAUCGAUUAUGUAUGAUGUCGCGGAAGCCAGAAUGGGCGAACUCAUUAUUAUAGUAUUUUUAAUGAUUUAACAAAAAUACAUGUCGAAUAGUUUUCUAAAUAAAUCAACAUAAAAAAUAAGUUUAAUAAUGAGACUAAGUUCACUCUUUCCGCAGUCUAAAGUAGAUUAUGGUGAGAUUGCGAGCUGAGGCUAAAAGUAAAAUAAUCAAAAUAAUUAUGUCUGUUACAAGAUUGUCAUCAUUAAAUUCUAGCUAAAAUGAUCUAAGCCAUUGCAUAUUCUACGAAUGUUAAGACUUGCGAUCUUAAAAUAUGACCUAUUAGCACAUAAUUUCCCAUUCGGUUAAUUAUAGAUAAUUGCAAAUAUUUUAGAAAUAGUAUAAAUAAAUUAGACGAAAACAGAAACGCAAAAAAGCCAUUAAAGUAAUUCAUAAAAAUGCCAACAUUUAUAAUGAAGACUUUGGCGAAACCUGAUUAUACAUUAGUAGAAUUAUAUUAAACUGAUUUGUGAUAUAUACGUAGGAUAGGUAGUUUCGUCUGACUUGAGCUUUUUUAUUACUACUACAGGACUAAGAUCAAAUAAGGCCUAGUAUUGAAGAAUGAAAUUCACCGAGUUUUCUUAACUUUUUUCAUUGUAAUAAAAAAUAUCGACACAUAAUAGGUACCUCUUCUUAAAAAAAUAUUAAAUUAACUACUGACAAGAAACUAGUUACAGAGCUUCUAGUAAUAUAAAUUCUUUGUUUCCGAGGAUGUGUGCGUGCGUAGGUAUUUCUUUAUUGUGGUUAAUUUGUAUUUCGUGCCAAAUGUGAACAGAUCUAUAAUUAUUAUUAUUAUAAACGUAGUCGAUUGUAGUGUCUACAACAUAGACAUUUGUAGGUACCCACAUUUCUGAAUAUAUUUAGACAUUUUUAUUAUUAUUGAAUUAAAUUACACUACUUACCUUUAUUUAAUUUAUGAAAUUCAAAUUGUAAUAUAUUUUCAUAUAGAUACCUAUUUAUAAUUGGCCUUGAACAAUUUAUACAUUCAAGAAAUAUUUUAUUUCUUAAAGGAACUAAAGUUUACCGAUGUCCAUCUGCUCCCUAGAAAUUGGGACAGUUCAUAAUAAAAUGUCCUAUGUUAAUUUGCUAUUUCUGAUCUCAUUUUUAAGUGAUAUUUAUAUUUGUGUGGUUCGCGUUAUAAUAUCGUUGUAUAAAACUGCUAAUAUUGCCUAAUCUUACAAAAAUACGAUUAAUUUGAUCGAAUAGUGUGUUUUACGAUGCGAACACAUUACUAAAUUGUAUAUCAUAGUACUCUACUAUAACCAAUUGUGAAUAUUCGAAUCACAUAUUUUCUGUGUGUGUCGCUAUUGUAAAGUAAAAGAAUUAUUUUUAAAUGCUUACGUAUAUAGGUAUUGUUUUCUUUGUUACGAAAGUAAGUAUAUUUCAAUAAAAAGAUUUGUGUGUUCUUAUUGGAUAAACAUAACAAGCGACGUCCAUUUUAACGGAUACAAUUUUGUUUUUAUUUGACAUUAUAAGAUGUUUAUUAAUGGCUGUAUAUUGCAUACAAUUUUCCGUCGAAGUUUAUUAUUAAAAGAUUUAUUAUUCUGUACGUGUAGUUUAAGUAUAUUAAAUGAAUGUUCAUGUUGCGUUGGAAUGUAUGGAAAUAGACAAAAUUUACAUAACAGUUAAUAAAUCAUAGACUAUGUUAGCAUGAAAUGCGACAUUACAGUUGAAUGUGAAAUAAACUAUUCAAGUAGAA